UACUCACUCAUUCUCCACUCUCUCUCAAAUGGCGAAACUCACAUUCAAUCCCACUCUUCCCGCACUUGCUUUCUUCUUCAUUUUACUUUCUACUGUUUGUGCCGAUGAAGCUUCCAAGACCUUCAUCUUCCGUGUAGAAUCCCAAUCUAAGCCCUCGAUUUUCCCCACUCACUACCACUGGUACAGCUCUGAGUUCACCGAACAGACCCGCAUCCUUCACGUAUACGACACCGUUUUCCAUGGCUUCUCUGCAGUGCUCACGCGCCAACAAGUAGCGUCCAUAAGCCAGCACCCCUCCGUCCUCGCCGUUUUCGAGGACCGUCGCCGUCAGCUUCACACCACUCGCUCCCCUCAGUUCCUUGGCCUCCGCAACCAGCGAGGUCUCUGGUCUGAAUCCGACUACGGCUCCGACGUCAUCAUUGGAGUCUUCGACACCGGCGUGUGGCCCGAGCGCCGGAGCUUCUCCGAUUUGAAUCUCGGCCCCAUUCCGCGCCGCUGGAAAGGGGUUUGCGAAACCGGAGAAAGAUUCUCACCCAAAAACUGCAAUCGCAAGCUCAUCGGUGCAAGAUUCUUCUCCAAAGGUCACGAGGCAGGUGCCAGUUCUUCGGGUCCUUUAAAUCCCAUCAACGAAACCGUCGAAUUCCGAUCCCCUCGAGACGCCGAUGGGCACGGGACACACACUGCCUCCACUGCCGCAGGUCGCUACUCUUUUCAGGCCAGCAUGUCCGGUUAUGCUUCUGGAAUCGCCAAGGGCGUCGCUCCCAAAGCACGAUUGGCGGUCUACAAAGUUUGCUGGAUGAAUUCUGGUUGCUUCGACUCCGACAUACUCGCCGCCUUUGACGCCGCCGUUAACGACGGGGUCGAUGUCAUUUCUAUAUCCAUCGGCGGCGGCGACGGUAUUGCCUCUCCGUACUACCUCGACCCCAUUGCAAUCGGGUCCUACGGCGCCGUCUCCAGAGGAGUGUUCGUGUCUUCUUCCGCCGGCAACGAGGGCCCCAGUGGAAUGUCAGUGACCAACAUGGCUCCGUGGCUGACCACAGUUGGAGCAGGCACCAUUGAUCGGGAUUUCCCCGCGCAGGUGAUUCUUGGCGACGGUCGGAAACUCUCCGGAGUGUCACUCUACUCCGGAGCGGCGUUGAAGGGGAAGAUGUACCAGCUAGUUUACCCUGGAAAAUCAGGGGUUCUGGGAGAUUCACUCUGCAUGGAAAAUUCCCUGGAUCCGAACCUUGUUAGGGGAAAAAUUGUGGUCUGCGACAGAGGAAGUAGUCCGAGAGUAGCGAAAGGGUUAGUAGUGAAGAAAGCCGGCGGCAUGGGAAUGAUUCUGGCGAACGGAAUCUCGAACGGCGAAGGACUUGUCGGAGAUGCUCAUCUUCUUCCUGCAUGUGCCGUUGGUGCCAACGAAGGAGAUGCCAUCAAGAAAUACAUCUCAUCAUCGGCUAACCCAACGGCCACACUCGAUUUCAAAGGCACUAUCCUCGGAAUCAAACCGGCACCGGUUCUUGCUUCCUUCUCAGCGAGAGGACCCAACGGUUUAAACCCUCAAAUUCUUAAACCGGAUUUGAUUGCUCCAGGGGUCAACAUUCUGGCUGCUUGGACCGACGCUGUUGGACCAACCGGUUUGGAUUCUGAUACCCGAAGAACCGAAUUUAACAUCUUGUCAGGUACUUCCAUGGCUUGCCCUCACGUGAGUGGCGCCGCGGCUUUGCUCAAAUCCGCGCAUCCUGAUUGGAGCCCCGCCGCCAUUAGAUCCGCCAUGAUGACCACUGCUACUGUUCUCGACAAUAGAAACCAACCCAUGAUCGAUGAAGCCACCGGGAAUAGUUCCACGCCUUAUGAUUUCGGUUCUGGUCACCUCAAUUUGGGUCUCGCUAUUGAUCCUGGCUUGGUAUACGAUAUUGGAAAUAGUGAUUAUGUUAAUUUCCUUUGCAGUAUUGGUUAUGGGCCUAAGGUUAUUCAGGUCAUUACUCGAGCGCCGGUGAGUUGUCCUGCUAGAAAGCCGUCGCCGGAGAAUCUUAAUUACCCCUCGUUUGUUGCCAUGAUUCCGGUGUCCUCGAAGGGGGUGGUGUCGAAGACGUUUAUAAGGACUGUGACGAACGUGGGGACGGCGAAUUCUGUUUACCGAGUGAGAGUGGAGUCGCCGGCGAAUGGGGUGACGGUGACAGUGAAGCCAUCGCGGCUCGUUUUCUCGGAGGCAGUGAAGAAGCGGAGCUAUGUUCUGACGGUGGCGGCGGAUACCCGAAAUCUGAAGGUGGGUCAGUCAGGGGCAGUGUUCGGGUCGCUGUCGUGGACGGAUGGAAAGCACACGGUUCGGAGCCCCAUUGUCGUUUCUCAAAUAGAACCGUUAUAGAGCGUUGAUCAUGUCGUUUUGAUGCGACGCGUGACUCGUGACGCGAGUGGGCUGCCCCGUAAGUUGCCACGACUGAUAUAAGACAACAGAAGAAAUACUUGGUAUUUCUUUUUCUUUUCUUUUUUAUUUUAAAUUUAGGAUCGUCUGCAAAGCCACUUUGUUCAAGUCACAACAGGAUCUGGAGUUUCAUCUAAUCCUUUCUUUUCUUUUCUUUUUACAGAGAUGUAAUCCUUUGCUGUACUUUUUUUUAUGUUUUUCUUCGGUUCACGUUAGCUUCUUGUAUUCAUAGACUUCAAGGCGUGUCUAUUUAUACUCUAUAUAUAUGAAAAAUUAUACGA